AUGCCCGAGCUCGUGAUCUCGCCAUCCAGCACAAGCAGUAGCGGGCAAACCUCCCUUCCACGCGCCGCCUUCCAGACCCCUAUCCGUAUCCUCAAACGAUCCCCUAACGGCAACGCUAACGGCAACACCACCUCAGGCGCAUCGUCAUCUGCCCAGGCCUCGUUCGCAGAGCGAGAAGCUCGCUAUCACGCCGCACGUGAGCGGAUCUUUGCCGAUGUAGGGCCGCGCAGCGGUGACGAAUCUACUCAGCCGGCCAUAAACCACAUUCCUGGAGCGGUUUUGAGUGUCGUGCGGAAUCCACGGGGACCUGCGCCAGAUGUGUCCGAGAACGCUGCUGCAGAGCAGCCGGUGCGAGGUUUUUCUGUUCGCGGUCGUGGGCGAGAGCGAGGAAUGGGACGCAGGAAGGAUAGUAAAGGUGGCCCUGGCUUGGCAAACGGUGCUAUCACGGAUGUUGCAACACAAGAGAGUGCACGUUAG